AUGCCAACAUUACCUAGCAUCACUGAGAUGCUGAAGGGUGCUCUCCCAGAGCCGGAACACCCAACCAGACGAGAGUCAAAUCCGGCGAGGCUGCCUCCUCUGGAGUGGAGAAGUCUGCAAGAUGGUCGGAAUGAUGGAUCAUGGGCAUCAUCAAACACGGCACCCUCCACAACCCGGUCAAGCCCGACUCGUGCAGACUAUAACUUGGAAGAUAUAUUCGGAGAGCUCCAAAAUCGGCUGGGCUCCUCGAAUAUUGAUAUAGCCUCCAUCAGGCAGACUCUUCAUCAAGAAUUGCAUGGCCCGAUUAGGCCGGCAUAUGACCAAGGCUGGUAUCAACCUAAUGAUCCCGAAAACAAGUUCCGCUCGAAGCUCGAAGCUCGUAUCGAGGGCAUGAACAGGAACGAGUUGGUGUCCGUGUUUUUCACGCGGAACUCCACCAGAGCUACAUACGGUGAUCGCGUUGUCAUUCCUCGUCGACCUCACGACAAGCAAAGUUCACAAAGUCCAGUGGUAGAAGGUGCAAAAAAGCCCCAUGCAGUCUUGGAGCAAGAGAGGCGCGAACGGCAUCGCGACUUCCAGAACCAGAGUUGUACUCGUUCGCCGGACAUCGCGGCGGAGUGCGGCGGAGAACACGCCGACGAAAGCAAAGAAGCAAGGACUCAGCGUGCGAAGGGGCCGGGCAAAGAUGAACAACUCUGUACCGCGAUAUACUCCCAGGAGUUGAGUGGUAGAGUCGUGCAGUCCGAGCAUGAUGGCCGGUCGCGAGCAGAGAAACUAAUAUGGAUACUGCUGGAUUUCCUGGAGGCAAGUUUAAGUAAAAACAAUGUUCUCCCCACCGCCACUGCUCAGCGAGGCACUCUUGGCCUGGGGAGUGUUAGCCGAAAGCGGACGCUCGAUGAAAUCAAUCAUGAAGACAGGCGAACUUCAGUUGCACUGAGUGCGUGUGAGAGCGACGACGAGUAUCAAAGAAGCCAAUCAACCGCCAGCAGUCCCUGGAAGCGGUAUCGAAGUCACUGCCACUUUCAUGGCUCCUCAUCGACAUUGCGGAGUUUGCCUCCAUCACCGCCGCCCAGCCUCGAGGAGAAUGAGGGCCGAAGUUCUUCUGUCCCUCAGACGGGUACAGAUAUAUUUGACAUGACCAGGUAA